AAGGUAUCGCUUCAUUAUUUCGACGGAAGUGCAGGGUGCGUGUUUACAAAUGAUAAUGUAUUGCAGGUGGUUCGUUUGUAAGUAGCACGUAUAAAAUAGACAUUGAAACGCAACAGCAGAAGAAAUUCAGAAGUUUUUUUUGUUUGCGGCGUAAUUUUAGCCUCGCAAUGGAAAAAACACGCGUACAAGUGCUGACUCUUGUUCUUUUGGGGUUGCUAAAAGGUGGCUGGAGUUUUCAAGUAACGCUUUCCAAAGACCCCGUCGAAGUUGGCGAUGACGUAGUGUUUGAGGUGCGCUCCCCGGACAAACCAGAAACGGGAUCCUGGCAGUUCAGAAACGAGCAGGUGGUUUUUUGGAUCGGUGCUAAACUUGUUGUAGGGUUAAAAUAUAACGACCGAAUCGAUGUGAACUAUGAAACGGGAUCCCUAAAGCUCAUGUCUGUGAAGUUAAGCGACUCUGGAGACUACUUUGUACAUUUACAGAAAGCUGGUGAACCGCCUUUUUCUCUGACUGGGAAUGCAACCUUGCAUAUUAUUGACUCUGUAACUAAAGUGACUGUAAACUCCCCCUCUCCAUACCCAAUACUGAACAACACCUUCAGUCUGACCUGCAAUGUGUCUGGGAACGCGGAUUCAAGGAGCUGGCUGAAGGACGGCCAGCCCCUGUCUGCUGGUGAUAGAAUAACAUUUUCAAAGGACAACAGUGCGGUAUCCUUCAACCCAGUGCUGGUGUCUGAUAACGGCACUUACCAGUGUAUCGCUAACAGUUAUUUUAGAAAUGGAACUAGCACUGGAUACAGCUUGGUUGUGAAUUAUGGACCUGAGCAAGUCUCUAUUACAGGACCAGAUGCAUCGCGUAGAGGCUCAACUGCAGUAUUCACGUGUUCAGCUCGCUCUCAACCAGUCUGUGAAUACACCUGGUUUAUCAAUGGGAAACUAGUUGCCAAGGGCUCGCCAUACAAGAUCCACCCUGUAAACUCCAGUAAUGAUGGCAGUUACACUUGUACAGCCUGGAACUCGCUGACUGAAAGGAACAGUUCUGCUGUAAAGAUGCACCAUGUGCUUGAUUCGGCGUCCUCGUGGUCCAGACAUGCAGUAGCAAUGGUCAUAGGCACACUUGUAAGUGCAGCUGUGUUGGUGUAAAUGCUGCAGACUCUCCUUCAUUUCAAAAGCUGUCAAUGAUCCACGAGCACCACAAGACGUAACUGGAAGAAUCGUGUUGGUGCACGUGUAUUUCCUGUGUUAUCCAACAGCUUUGUUUUGACUCUCCAUGCAAUCCCCUCUGGUACCCUGCACAAACUGGGCUGCAUUUACCAGAGUAAAAAAACAAAUGGGAUGGUUGCUCCACUGUUGUGUGCUGGACAGUCACAGCAAUAGUAUGUGUAAAGUAGGUGCUUUUGAGGAGCAGUUUUCAGGCUGUACGGUCUCAACAUGAAUCCUGCCUGCUUUCCUGAAGGCAGUGGUGUCACAAGAGCUGCUGAGUGAGUUGUGAUCAGUGGAUGCAUCUGGGGCUUUUUAAUUCUUGGGCUUCAUACGAGGGAAUAGAAUUUCUGUUGUCAAUUGUGUAAUUUUUUUUUUUUUUAAUGAAUGUGAACUGGCUUUGCAUGCAUAGUGGGUGGGUUUGCACUGUGUUAACAAAUAUAAUUAUCUUAUUAAUUGGUAUUGAAAUAAGUAAUGUGUUUUUAAUGUAAAUGUUUAAGUGUGUUAGUGAGGAUUUGUUUGAAAUUUAAAAUAAAUCAAUAAAAUGUAA